AGAAGUCCCCGUGGAUCCUACAUGGUGGAAUGGUCAAAAAGAGGAUCAUGGUGUCGUUGUAGACACGGGGUCAUUGAUAAUGCGAUUUCCUCAUGAUUAUUACAUUAUUUUUCGAUACAUAUUCAGAGAACAAGUGCACUAUCCAUUGUAUCCACAUAGUAUUGGUGGUGUAUUUGAUACUUGCUAUGAAGAGGUAGAAGGGGAAGAAGAAAUGCAAUUCCCAACUAUAAGGUUAUUUUUUGGGAAUGUUAGUGUUACACAAGAGUUGAAACUAGAACAAGAUAGAGUUGUGAAAAAUCUUAAUGGUUAUUAUUGCUUAGCUAUUUUACCAUGGGAUGAUACACAAACCCUUAUAGGAACUCAUCAACUUCAAGGCACAGGAUUAACUUUUGAUUUGAAAAACAAUGCUUUGACUUUUAGUGUUGAUGCUUGUGAUUAA